AUGUCUUCUACACUCCUGCAGGCGUCGGCCGCAGUCUUUGGGUUGCUUUCCGUUGGACACACGAUCAAGGGCAGGCAAUGGACAGCCGACCCAAGAUUCAAAGCUAUCGCAGGCACGAAUUCGUGGACUUGUGGGACUCUAGGGUGGUACCAGGGCAGUGGUUUCUUUCUAUUGACUGGUCUUCUUCACUGGCAAUGGUCGCGCGAUCCCAGUCUCCUCCAGGAGCCACUGAACAAAGCCAUGGCCGGGAUCGUGAAUAUCCUGCUCUGGACUAGCACUGCCUGGUAUGCUAAGCAUGGUAUCAAUGAUACUGCCAUUGUCCUUGCUAUAUCUGCUGCGUUGCAGGCUUUCGGUAUUGGCAAGGCUUGCCUGUAA